AUGACUCGCCGACAUUCGACGGUGCGACGCGGCGCAUUGUCGAAUCGUGGCAGAAGUCAGUGCCAGUGCUAUGCGCCUUCAAACGUGAAGGUGGUGGAUCUUCGUGAGACACCUAAGGAUCUCUGGGGAUCGUGGUCGUCAGCGUUGAGAGAGGAAGACACCAACGAGAUCGAUUCCAUUCGGUUAUCGUCCCAGUACAUGAUGAACUAUGAAGGCACAACAAAUAGGGCCGCCUUCUAUCGAAGUCGAUAUGUUACUCGAUGGAGCGUAGAGACGCUCGUGUACAACCGUGCAACGUUUAGCCAGUUUAUUUUGUGCGACGACGGCCGGACUAGCGUCAUGAUCGCAGCGCUCGUCCACCGCAUUCGCCCGCUUUAUUUCUAG